GAAAUACAAAACCUGGGGAGCUGAAGCAGGAAGUUCGAAGCUUGGUUGUUAUUCUUUAAAGUUUUGGGAUUGAAACUAUUGUCCCCCCCUCCCCCCUGGGGUAUUAUCCGCACCCCUGGAGUGAACCUAUUUAAAGUUUAUACAAUCCCAGCUGUUCAAGCUGGGAUGAGAAAUCUCUGGGUUCUGAUCUAAAGAGGGUCCGGAGCAAGAAGAAUUGAACCCGUCUCAGGGAAACUAAACCAACCAUAUCCAGAGAUAUUAUAGAAAUCAAGAGCUGUGAUCAAACCCUUAGUUACAACACAGUUAAAUAAAUUACAAUCACUGUAAACUCUGAUUCAUUGCAAUUACUGGGCUGACUUUUAAGCAGCUAGAAUAAGCUGUACAAGACUUUAUAAGCAAAGCGUGACAGUACACCAAAUGAACCGGCCCCUUCUGGGAAGAUUCUAGUACAAAUACAAGAGUGCAAAAUCUUGCAAGAUGGUUGAGUCCGGAGAACCACAAGUCCUAUCUCUACGGAUGAGAGGAUUUGAUGAGGACGAACUCAAACAUGAAAUCAAGGAGGGGAGUGUUACAAGUGAUGAUAGAGAUAGUCCAGACUCUAGCUCCAGAUUUAGCGGAAAGUUUCACCGAAGAUCUGUCCGACGAGGAUCUAAAUACAAGAUGCAGCAUAGAUCUCCAACUGAACUAAGCAAGGUUAAGAAGGUUAGAAGAGCUAAAGCUAAUGAUAGAGAACGAACCCGGAUGCAAACUUUAAACCAAGCUCUGGAGAAACUGCGAACUGUGCUCCCGGCCUUCCCGGAUGAAACUAAAUUAACAAAAAUAGAAACUUUAAGAUUUGCAAACAACUACAUUUAUGCCUUGAAGGAAACUAUUACAUCUGGAGAUACUGGAAAACCUCCAAAUCUACCGGUCACGGGUUGGGAAGGGAUGAUUAACUCCGGGCAGAGAGAUCAGCUCCAGCACUGUGCAAUCCUAGCUCAGAGUCUUAUGUCUCAGCAGUUCUCAGCAGAACAACAGCUUUCAAGUCCUAGUAGAGGACAACAGUUCUAUACAUCUCAACAGUCCUACUCCAUGAUGUCUAGUCCUAUCAAGAACCCAACUAGUCCUCAUCAAUUCUCUCCGGGACAUAUGACUAGUCCUAUGAGAAACUGUAUGAGUCCUGCUAGUCCUAUGGGAGAGUAUAUUAGUCCUCAUAAACCUGAGAGUUUUCUAGAUAAUAAUCCUGGAUUUUACCGAGCUAAUCCUCCAGUCUGGAGUCCAGAUCUUGCAAUCCAUCCAGUCCAACCUCAGUUUGAUGAUUGUUACACUCAUCCUCCAUCUACCAGUUCAUUAUAUGGACAAGAUCUUAGAUAUGGAUAUGGAUAUCAAUAGAGGAUAUUCAUGGAUUGAUAUGGAUAUAGAUAUAUAUCAAGUUUAACAUAUCAAUCAAAAGAGCUGAUAAAUAAAAAGAUAUCAACUAAUGAUUUUUAAUAUCAAUUAGGCUCAACCAAGGAGUAUAUACUCCUUGGGGCUCAACAUGAAUAAGAAAGUCUAAAAGAGAAUGUAAACGUAAUAUCAAGUGACCCUCCUUUCCUGUCCGAUUCACUCUACAGCUAGCGGUACCCUUUAAAAUUUUGAAUAAACAAGAAUGAUUGAGCUAUCCAUGAUUUGUGGUUUAUCUACAAAAGAGACUUGCGGAUUUCUUGCUACAGAGUUAGUGGAGAAAUUUUGUGAAAAUCAAACAGUUAAGCUAGAAAACCCACGAUAUUUUCCACGCUAUUGAUCAGAUAAAAGAUGAAAUGGUACCGUUGUAAAUCGGACAUGAGCCUCUUUAUAUGGAGGUCACUUAUAAUUACAAUGACAGUCCGCUCAACUCUGAUAUUUGUUACAAACUAGAUAAUAUUUGCACAACCUGUGAUACAACCUUUGUACCUAGAUACAUGUAUAAUUAUGUAUUUAUUCUUGUAAAUAUUUUGUAAAUGUGGAGAGCUGUUUUAUUUGUGAUGCAAAAAUAUA